GUGGGCUGGCAGCUGAGGAACCUGGUGAAUGCCCUCAGAGAAGACCCCAAUGGAGUCAUCCUCACCCUGAAGAAGAGACCUCAGAACACUCUCACAUCUGCCCCUGCCCUGCUCAAGAAUGUACGAUGGAAACCCCUUGCACUCCAGGUAAUUAUGUUAUGAUGUGAUACGUUUUGUUUGGAUAUCUGUUUAGGAUUCCUUCUGGUAGAUAAGAAUAGCACUUAUUUCACCAAUUCAUCUGCUCAUUGUUGAUAAUGACCAACUGGCCUAGUAGCUCCUUAUGAGUGACACAAUGUUAAUAAAUUAGAUUAUGAUACAUGAUGAAUUAAAGGUUUAUUAUCUGUGAGUAAGCACUUAACUUGUACCUCAUACCUGGUCACCCUUUAAUUGAGUUCUAAUGGAUUGUGUGGAGUGUAAUGAUUUAUAUAUACACUAGAUGACUGACAGGGGGCGCUGUUCUGAAGCCACCGCACCUCAAUCUGGGCACUGUUGAAAAACUAAAAAAUCGGAAGCUAUAGAAAUGCAUUCAUUAAUAUUUACACUUGUUUUUGCCAGGUUUAUUCUAUUACAGACACCUUAAUGCAUCAUUUUAAUGUGAGCUAAAUAUACACAUUUUAAAUGUAUAAAAACAUUUUCCUUAAAGUAUAAUUUUUUGAAAGUUCUAAUGUUACUGUCCCCUCUACAACAACAAAAAAUACUAAAUACAUGUAAUUUUGUACUCAAAACAUUUAAUUGAAAUACUGUAGAAUUCCAUUCAUUCCUAUAGAGGACUGCUUCUUCUGGGGAAAGCCAAUAUGGCUGACCGGUGGCUUCAAAGCCUUUCAUCGGCCAAUACAUAGCAUCAGCAAUCCAGGUUUUAUAUACAUCAUUGGUGGAGCGUCAGUGACGGAGAUGGUGAAUCCAUUGUGUUGCUCAGUGUGGAUGUAGUACAGACAGUACAGUAUGGGGGACUGGCUGGGGGAAACAGGGGCUGCCUGAGGAGGAGGAACAAAGACAGAACGCUAGCUGGGGAGGAUGAGGGUAGAGGGGGUUGGGGGUUUACAUCAUUACUGCCUGGAUGGUUUUUCUUUGGGAGCCCUGGACUGCGUGAGAGCUAUUUUUAGCUCUGCACUAGGCUUACUCAUUUUCAUGCUGCAUGGGUUUGCCUUGAUGAUGCCCAGGACCGUUUCUGUGGUUACGUGUCUUUGGCAUCUGCAGUGAUGUUCAGAUAAUCAGCACAUCAUCAUCAUCAUAGCUCAACAUGUGAAGCCAGAAUGGUUGCUCCUAUAUAGGACUGUGAUGAGGGUGUGCAUAUGCACUGUAGUCAUGUCAGGGAAAUAAUUAUGUAUUGAUUAUUUGGCACGGUGGCAUGUUUUUCAGUCUGAAGUGAACAGGGUUCUGCUUGAGCUAUGCUCCAUUAUUGUGGCUGAAUAAAUUAGAAAAAAAUUGAGUAUUGGAUUGCCCUCCAGGGAGGUUAUUGUUGGCAGUCUUACAGGUUAAACAAACAAAUACACACAAAGGUUACCAAUCAGUCACAAACAGUAGAAUUCACCCAGUGUUUGGUUAAUGAAGCACCUCAGAGUUAAAUGACAGCGUGCCGUAUGACUGUAGGAGCCGUUGACAUAUGGUACGAACACUGUUAGUGACUUUGUCUCCCAGGACUUUAUGAUGGAUGUUUCAGGCAAAAAGAGUCAGACCACCGGAGCUCAACACGGCUUGGAGAAAGGGUAGGCCUGUUCUAUUAUUAAAUUAACUCUUUACGAAAUAGAUGAUGACAGAGAAGCAUAUGGAAAAUCCAGGUAGUAGAGGACAAAGAUAAUGUGAAAUGAAUUUGAAAUGAGUCUUCAGUGAACCCCCAUCAAGCACUCAGUGUUUCCCAUUGUGAAUAAGAGUCAAUGAAGAGUGAACCUAGCCAUCUGUUCAUCCAGUGUCAUACAGUAGUACUCUCAGUCAGCUGCCCACGGACUGAUAGGACACAGACAGAACCUAGGACAGAGGUUAAUGCAGAGGUUAAUGUGGUUGCUCAUAGUGGGAGCACUACCAGCUAUAAUCAUUAUUUUGUACAGGAGUGUAUUUUUAUAAUAAUACAGUGCAUUCGGAAAGUAUUCGGACCCCUUGACUUUUUCCACAUUUUGUUACGUUACAGCCGUACUCUAAAAUUGAUUAAAUUGUUUUUUUCCCCCUCAUCAAUCUACACAUAAUACCCCAUAAUAUAUAUAUUUUUUAAAAUUACAUUUACAUAAGUAUUCAGACCCUUUACUCAGUACUUUAAUGAAGCACCUUUGGCAGCGAUUACAGCCUUGAGGCUUCUUGGGUAUGACGCUACAAGCUUGGCACACCUGUAUUUGGGGAGGUUCUCCCAUUCUUCUCUGCAGAUCCUCUCAACCUCUGUCAGGUUGGAUGGGCAGCGUCGCUGCACAGCUAUUUUUAGGUCUCUACAGAGAUGUUUGAUCGGGUUCAAGGCUGGGCCACUCAAGGACAUUCAGAGACUUGUCCUAAAGCCACUGCAGCAUUGUCUUGGCUUUGUGCUUAGGGUCGUUGUCCUGUUGGAAGGUGAACCUUCACCCCAGUCUGAGGUCCUGAGCGCUCUGGUGCAGGUUUUCAUCAAGGAUCUCUCUGUACUUUGCUCCGUUCAUCGUUCUCUCGAUCCUAACUAGUCUCCCUGCCACUGAAAAAUAUCCCCACAGCAUGAUGCUGCCACCACCAUGCAUCACCGUAGGGAUGGUGCCAGGUUUCCUCCAGACGUGACGCUUGGCAUUCAGGCCAAAGAGUUCAAUCUUGGUUUCAUCAGACCAGAGAAUCUUGUUUCAUGGUCUGAGUCCUUUAGGUGCCUUUUGGCAAACUCCAAGUGGGCUGUCAUGUACCUUUUACUGAGGAGUGGCUUCCGUCUGGCCACUCUACCAUAAAGGCCUGAUUGGUGGAGUGCUGCAGAGAUGGCUGUCCUUCUGGAAGGUUCUCCCAUCUCCACAGAGGAACUCAGGAGCUCUGUCAUAGUGACCAUCAGGUUCUUGGUCACCUCCCCGACCAAGUCCCUUCUCCCCCUGAUUGCUCAGUUUGGCCGGGUGGCCAGCUCUAGGAAGAGUCUUAGUGGUUUCAAACUUCUUCCAUUUAAGAAUGAUGGAGGCCACUGUGUUCUUGGGGACCUUCAAUGCUGCAGACAUUUUUUGGUACCCUUCCCCAGAUCUGUGCCUCGACACAAUCCUGUCUCGGAGCUCUAUGGACAAUUCCUUCAACCUCAUGGCUUGGUUUUUGCUCUGACAUGCACUGUCAACUGUGGGACCUUAUAUAGACAGGUGUGUGCCUUUCCAAAUCAUGUCCAAUCAAUUGAAUUUACCACGGGUGUACUCCAAUCAAGUUGUAGAAACAUCUCAAGGAUGAUCAAUGGAAACAGGAUGCACCUGAGCUCAAUUUUCGAGUCUCAUAGCAAAGGGUCUGAAUACUUAUGUAAAUAAGGUAUCUGUUUUUAAUUUGUAAUAAAUUUGCACAAAAAUCUAAAAACAUGUUUUUGCUUUGUCAUUAUGGGGUAUUGUGUGUAGAUUGAUGAGAAUUGUUUUUGUUGAUCAAUUUUAGAAUAAGGUUGUAACGUAACAAAAUGUGGAAAAAUGGAAGGGGUCUGAAUACUUACCGAAUGCACUGUAAAUGCCAUUUAGCAGACGCUUUUAUCCAAAGCGACUUACAAUAAUGCGUGCAUACAUUUUACAUAUAGGUGGUCCCGGGAAUCAAACCCACUAUCCUGGCGCCAUGCUCUACGAGCUGAGCUACAGAAGACCAGAAUAUAUAUUUUUGUUUCCUAACCUAUUCAUAACCCACUGCUUCUUUUUUUUUUUUAUCCUGCUUUGGUCUGAGAGACAUGAACAAUCUAACAGUUCGGGUAUUUUCUUUUGACAGCACUGAGCCAACACAUUUACGCCAUCAUUUUAACUUUUCUUGUGGUGAUGUAUUAAUAAUGAAGAAGUACAUAAAAUGGAUUUUUAUUUUGAGUGCUAUUUAUUAUUAAUUACACAAGUCCUGGAGAAGGAGUGAGCUCUAGAUGUUCUGAAGCCUCCAUGGUCAUACUCAAAGGUCGCUGUUAUCAGGAAGGAAUAUGGCUCUGAUGUCUUUGAUAUGAGGUCAAGGAAAAUGACAGAGUAAUGAUAAUUCAUCGUAGAAGUAGACUCGAAAGAGAAAAAGGAAAAUAUAUGCACAUUUCAUUUUUUGUUUUACAUUGGUAAAGGUCCUGUGAAAAUUACCUUACAAUCAGAUGUUAUUGGUCACAGGGUUAAGUCAGCACAGACUUCCUAGUGUAUCUCCUGGGGAGAGAUGGCUCAUCCUCACCAUAUUUGACACAUCUUGACAUUAAUGAUGUAUAGUCAUGAUCACAGAAUCCCUUGUUGCUAGGGGUCCUGUUGCUAUCCCCUCUAUAGUUGCCAACAAACCUCUCAAGAAUUUCUCGGUUGCUAUGGACGAGAUCGCUGUUGCUAAUGUGUGCCACUUCACAUCCCUCUCCCUGUCUCAUGGCCUUCAUUCAACAAAGCGUCCUAUCCUUUUCACUACCAUUGUGUUUAUUAUGUACCACUGUGUUAACCCUUUACUCUCGUGUGAAUUGGCCUAUAUGGAUAGGGCUAAAUUGAAAUGUUUGGAGAUUAUGGGAAAAUUAUUAGACUGAAUCUAAACAUUAUACUGUUGAUUUUAUGUGCAUUUUACAUUUACUGCACUUUUCGCCGCAUUUGUUGAUAAAGAAAACUGAAAAUACUCUUGAUACAUUGAGUAACAUGAUAAGAAUAUUCCUGGAAAAUGUGGGAUAGGUGCAACAUAAAACAGAAAAGGUACAAGGGUUUGCGUGAGAGGACUAACUGGUGUCUCCAAGAGGCCACACACCUCGCUAAAGUGUGCACUUCCUAAGUAAUUUCAAUGCACUUAUAUGACUUGAAGAAGAGUCUUCAACUAUAAAGUGCUUUCAGUCAUAAGUGCAUUCAGGUGCGUGUGACGUCACAAUAGACCAACAGGCUCAUUCUGUUCAGGGUAUGACACCAUGUCAUCUUGUAUCUGUAGAUCAAACAUGGUGAUCAUAAACGUUGACACUGUAUAUGAGAUGAGUUUUAUGUUAUGGAAAUGUGAAGUGCACAUUUGGACUCGCAGGUGUUUGGCUUGCUUGUAUGACAUCAAAGCGGUAUUUAUUAUAAUCUUCAACGUAUAAUCUUUCAAAAUAUGUAGAGUCCUCUUAAAUUUACAGCAUUUUCCUCACUCACACAACUGUCAAGGGCUGAGGUGUAUGGUGUGUGGAAGUCAGGCGCAGGACACCGAAGCUAGUCCAACAAAGUUUACUGAAGUAAUCCAAAUGGCAAAAUACAGAGAACGGCCUCAACAAUAAAUAGAGGCGAGAAAAUACGCAAACUGUGCGUAAAACAAAAUGACACGAAAACAGGAACAAAACACGCAGCACAACGGACAGGCAAAAAACAACACACAAUCUAGCCUAAGCAAAACAAGGAACUUAUAGGACAAGUAAUCAACACACAACUGGACACAGGUGUAAAAGACAGACGAAAGCAAUCACACCAAGAAACAUAGAGCGGUGGCAGCUAGUACUCCGGGGACGGCGAACGCCGAAGCCUGCCCGAACCAGGAGGAGGAGCAGUCUCGGCAGAAUCCGUGACAGUACCCCCCCCUUGACGCGCGGCUCCAGCCGUGCGCCGACCCCGGCCUCGGGGACGGCCAGGAGGACGCGGACCCGGGCGCGUGGGAUGCCCACGGUGGAACUCAGUCAGGAGGGAUGGAUCGAGGAUGUCCCUCCUGGGCACCCAGCACCGUUCCUCCGGACCGUACCCCUCCCACUCCACGAGAUACUGGAGACCACUCAUCCGGCGCCUCGAGUCCAAGAUGGUCCGGACCCUGUACGCCGGGGCCCCCUCGAUGUCCAAAGGGGGCGGAGGGGUCUCUCCUAUCUCAUCUUCUUGGAGUGGGCCAGCUACCACCGGCCUGACGAGGGUUCAAUCUCCUAGCUGCCCUGAUGUACUCCAGGUUACGGUGAUCAGUCAGAAUGAGGAAAGGGUGUUGAGCCCCCUCAAGCCAAUGCCUCCACACCUUUAGGGCCUGGACUACAGCUAACAGCUCCCUGUCCCCAACGUCAUAGUUUCGCUCCGCCGCGCUGAGCUUCUUGGAGUAGAACGCACAGGGGCGGAGCUUAGGUGGCGUGCCGGACCGUUGUGACAGGACUGCCCCAAUGCCGGCCUCGGACGCGUCUACCUCUACUUGGAAUGGUAAAGAGGGAUCCGGAUGCGCCAGCACCGGGGCCGAGGUGAACAGGUUCUUCAGUUUGGCAAAUGCCCUGUCCGCCUCAGCUGACCACUGCAACCGAACCGGACCCCCCUUUAGCAAGGACGUAAUGGGAGCUGCUACCUGUCCAAAGCCCCGGAUAAACCUCCGGUAGUAAUUAGCAAAACCCAAGAACUGCUGCACCUCUUUGACAGUAGUUGGAGUUUGCCAAUUACGCACGGCCGACACACGGUCUACCUCUAUCUCCACACCAGACGCGGACAACCGAUAACCCAAAAACGAGACGGACUCCUGGAAGAACAAGCAUUUCUCUGCCUUGACAUACAAGUCAUGCUCCAACAGUCUUCUCAACACUCGGCGCACCAGGGCUACAUGCUCAGCUCGGGUGGAAGAGUACACUAGGAUGUCGUCGAUGUACACUACCACACCCUGCCCAUGCAUGUCCCGGAAAAUCUCGUCAACAAAGGAUUGGAAAACUGAAGGAGCAUUCAUUAACCCGUAUGGCAUGACAAGAUACUCGUAAUGACCCGAGGUGGUGCUAAAUGCGGUCUUCCAUUCGUCCCCCUCCCUAAUGCGUACCAGAUUGUACGCGCUCCUGAGAUCCAACUUUGUGAAGAACUGCGCUCCGCGUAAUGAUUCUGUCAUAGUCGCAAUCAGCGGAAGAGGGUAACUGUACUUAACCGUGAUCUGAUUGAGACUACGAUAGUCAAUACACGGGCGCAAACCCCCGUCCUUCUUCUUCACAAAGAAGAAACUCGAGGAAACCGGGGAAGUAGAGGACCGUAUGUAUCCCUGUGCCAAUGACUCGGCUAUGUAAGUUUCCAUAGCCGCUGUCUCCUCUUGAGACAGUGGAUACACACGGCUCCGCGGAAGUGCCGCUCCUGUUUGGAGAUCUAUCGCACAAUCCCCCUGUCUAUGAGGUGGUAGCCGUGUAGCCCUCGCCUUACUGAACACAAGUGCUAGAUCCUCAUACUCAGGGGGAAUGUGCAUUGCGGGCACUUGGUUCGGACUCUCUACCGAGGUCGCCCCUAAGGAAACACCUAGACAUCUCCCUACACACUGGGCAGACCACUCCAUAAGAGCCCUCUGUUGCCACGCAAUGGUAGGAUCAUGGGUGCUUAACCAGGGAAGCCCCAGCACCACGGGAUACGCAGGAGAGUCAAUCAGAUAAAACUGAAUGGUCUCCUCAUGACCCCCCUGCGUUGUCAUCUUAAGUGGUGCUGUGACUUCUCUGAUCAGCCCCGACCCCAAUGGCCGGCUGUCUAGGGCGUGAACAGGAAAUGGGGCUUCUACUGGCCGAAGGGGAAUUCCUAACUUAUAACAAAAAGCUCGAUCAACAAAAUUCCCAGCUGCGCCUGAAUCUACUAGGGCCUUAUGCUGGGAAUGAGGUGCCACCUGUGGAAAUCUCACAGGUAUACUCAUGUGACCAACAGAGAGCUCUGGGUAAGUGGGGCGCCUACUCACCUGAAAUGACUCCCCAGUACGUGACCUGUUGUCCCCUCUCCCAGGCGACCCUCCCCAGCACCUGGCCGUGGUGUGUCCUCCACGGCCACAGUUGGUGCAGGGGAUGGCCCCCCUCGGGUUCUCUCUCCUCCUCUCUCUAGCGCCAGCACCCCCGAGCUCCAUGGGAACCGGCUCGGAGGUGCUGGAGGGUGGAAUGGACAACCCCCACUCGGGACGUCCGCGGGUAGCCAGCAGGGUGUCUAGACGGAUGGAGAUGUCUACCAACUGGUCGAAGGAAAGGUUGGUGUCCCUGCAGGCCAGCUCACGACGAACGUCCUCUCGUAGGCUACACUGGUAAUGGUCGAUGAGGGCCCUCUCAUUCCACCCCGCAUCCGCCGCUAGAGUCCGGAACUCCAGGGCGAACUCCUGUGCGCUCCUCUUCCCCUGUCGGAGGUGGAACAGACGCUCCCCCGCCGCCUUCCCCUCAGGUGGGUGAUCGAAGACAGCCCUGAAGCGGCGGGAGAACUCCGCGUAGGUGAUGGUAGCGGCGUCUAUUCCCCUCCAUUCGGCGUUGGCCCACUCCAACGCCUUGCCGGAUAGACAGGAGAUGAGGGCGGAGACGCUCUCGUACCCCGAGGGCGCUGGGUGUAUGGUAGCCAGGUAGAGUUCCACCUGCAGGAGGAACCCCUGACACCCGGCUGCAGAACCGCCCUAUGCCCUCGGGAGCGAGAGCCGUAUGCCACUGGGUUCCGGUGCUGAGAGAGGAGGACUGGCCGUUGGUGAUGGGAUGGUGUGAGAAGGCGUGGGCACCUCUCCAGUCACCAACCGGCGCAGAGUGUUGGACACCUCGUUCAUGGCGGCCCCAAGUUGCCGGAUCAUGGUGUCUUGAUCGCUGAUCCGAUCCUCCAGCGACUUGGGUGCCGCCACUGCUCCUGCUGACUCCAUGAUGUGGUGUGUUGUUCUGUCAAGGGCUGAGGUGUAUGGUGUGUGGAAGUCAGGCGCAGGACACCGAAGCUAGUCCAACAAAGUUUACUGAAGUAAUCCAAAUGGCAAAAUACAGAGAACGGCCUCAACAAUAAAUAGAGGCGAGAAAAUACGCAAACUGUGCGUAAAACAAAAUGACACGAAAACAGGAACAAAACACGCAGCACAACGGACAGGCAAAAAACAACACACAAUCUAGCCUAAGCAAAACAAGGAACUUAUAGGACAAGUAAUCAACACACAACUGGACACAGGUGUAAAAGCCAGACGAAAGCAAUCACAUCAAGAAACAUAGAGCGGUGGCAGCUAGUACUCCGGGGACGGCGAACGCCGAAGCCUGCCCGAACCAGGAGGAGGAGCAGUCUCGGCAGAAUCCGUGACAACAACAAAAAACCCACAUAGCACUGUGAAGUGCAGAGCCUGAGGUCUGACGUCAUGAAUAGCAUGUUACUGUACAGCCAUUGCGUUCCAAUUUAGAUGUUUAUCAGUGCCCAAAUCUGCCAUUUUUAACCUCUAUAUGGGUACGUGUGUAAAGGGCUACGAGAACUGUCUGACUAGGACACAAGCUCACAACAUUGCACCACAAUCCUCCAGUAACUCAAACAUGGAGAAUACUAUUCUAUAGGAUUUUACUCAUGAAGCAUGACAUAAAAUGCUAUGAAUUAGAAAUGAUUGCAUUUAGGAAAUUGUUUAAUACUUCUGCAUCCUGCUAUCCUGCUCAGUCCUGCUGUCUACAUGACUCCACCCUUGUCCCUACAGCCCAUCCCCACCAGUCCCAACAGUGACUCCAACACCCCGCCCAACAGCAUGGGGACCUUGGAGAUGUCCUCUACGCUGGACAGUGGCCAUGACGUCUUCAUCCUGUCCCCAGUCUCUGGCCUCUAUGGACACAGGUGAGCCUACCAAACCCAUACAUACAGCUACUGUUUACUGUACUGUUUAGUCCUGUAGCACCUGCCUGAUUUUCUCCAUGCCCUACCUGUCAAUCACAGAGACGAGAUAGGCAUCAUGUCCUGCGAUGACAUCAGCAAGUACAGCAUGGAGAAGAUGGGUAUGAAGGGCUCGGAGUCUCCCAGCUUCUACCUGGACCACGAUGGGGGCAAGUACUUCACGUUGGUGGAGGAGGACUGUCUGGCCCUUGGGCAGGAGUACGAGACUAGGGGUCGCUCCACGGGGGUCCGGCGGAGGGACAGGACACCCACCCAUGGUGAGUCACCCAGCCCAGAUAGGUAGCACUACCAACCAACCAUCCUCUUCCCUCUGGGCAGUAGUGUAAUGUUAUAGAAGCAUUGAAGGGUGGAAUUCCAGGCGAGGCGGAUAGCUCUCCUCUCCUGCCUUCAUUUAAGCUCAUUCUCAUAGUGUAUCCAGCUGUAAAUGGCAUGUAGAGAACGUACAGUAAAGCCCCAUGGCAAUUGCUAUGCAUAGUAGACAUUAUUAUUAUGCACCCCAGCGUAUUCAUGUUUCACAGAAACCCCUCCCUCUCACAGCCCAGCCCACCCCCACAGUCAGACAUCCCCUGUCAUUGCCCCUUCAUCAUCAUCAGCACUGCAGCAGUAGGAUGGCCAGUGUCAGGAUGACGUCACCUAAGAUCAGCCUGACUAUUCUACAUGCCACCUCUGUCUGCACUUUACACGAUGAGCUCAUUCACAUUAAUGCACGGGACAACUCUGGAAUCUUUAGUGAGUGACACACUGUCUGCAAACACUGAGACAAGGAAAGGAGGUCUUUGCCAGCCCUUGACAAUGUACAGUAUUCUAUCUGUCCAUCUGACAGAAAUGGCUGUUGAGGCUCUGUUGAGGCUCAGUUUGCCGUGUAUUGUACAGUGUGUAGUGGUGCAGAGAUAAAUCCCUUUGGCUCUGCAAGACGGAGUGUUUUUCAUGUUAACAGCCUGCCAGGGAAGUGACGGUGGAUUGCUUCCAAGUCCAUAAUGGCUCCAAGCAGGGUACGCUCUGCUCAUCCAAGUCUGUGGAGGCACCAUGUGCCAUGAUAAGGCCCCAUCACAGUCUCUCUCAUGCUCACACAUUCACACACGUGCAACAAGCCUUUCCCCUUCACUCGAAAGCUCACUUCUUUUCAACUGGAUUCCCAUACUAUAACCUACUCCUUUUAUACCUCUUACUGCCCUGCCUGCACUUUAACCUCUGUCAGGCAGACAUCCACCCACACACAGCCACUCCUCUCUCACCAUCUCCUCUCCCUCUCAGUGAGACAGCCCCUUCUCUUCCCUCAGCUCCGAACUCUCCCUCCACUCACACCUCAGCUCCUAGCUCUCCCUCCACUCUCCCCUCAGCUCCGAACUCUCCCUCCACUCACACCUCAGCUCCUAACUCUCCCUCCACUCUCCCCUCAGCUCCUAGCUCUCCCUCCACUCUCCCCUCAGCUCCUAGCUCUCCCUCCACUCACACCUCAGCUGACAUGCUACUUGGACUUCUUUCCAGGUGACCUCAGGCCAGUUUCCAUGCCAACGGAUUACAACUGGAUGGCAGAGACAAAGGAGCCAAAUAUGUACAAGAGAGGUAGCAGAGGUGGGUCCUUAAGUUCAGGUAGUCUCCUCAGUCCCCCCUUGACAAGGAGAAGGAAAUAGCUUUUGCUUCACUGCUUCUGCAAAGUACAGACUCCUAAUGAGGACCAAUCAGUCCCCACUGUCAACAACAUGACUAAUCAUCUGCUUCUUUGGCAACCUUUUAUUCAUUUAACUGGAACUGCCACAAGUUCUGGCAUAGAGCACAAUGGUUUCUUUAGACUUUACAUAUCACCAGGGAAUCUUGACAGAAACAUGAAUGCACAUUUAGAACUCCUUUUAAACUUCACUGUAUAAAGAUGAAGCUAUCACAAGAAGCUCAGACAUUUCUAUUUGAACAAAAUGGAGAUUCAAUCUGCUAAAUAUAGACACCAUGUUCAUGUCAGGCAUUAAUUCAGUUGAAAACCUAAUAUUUGUUUUGCACGUGGCUGAUUUCAGUGUUGUUUAGCUUCGUGAGACUAUAUAUAGCAGUUAUGUUGAGUGAACUGUAGUGAGAGCAUCUCACACCCACAACUUGUGUUAUUAAUAGCGAGUGCUGUUAUAGAUAACAUAUCUGCCUCCAUCUGCUCUGAAACCACACACUGUUGGAGGCCUGCCCUCACUGAUGGGAGGAGAUGUGACAGAGGUUGGUUUCUAUGGAAACAUGCAGGUAUGUGAGUUAGAUGAUGAGGUUAAUGAAGGGAAAUGGACUAAGGCUAUGGAAACAACAUUAAACAUUACCUCAGGGCUGCUCACACUUUGACUCAACUGCAGACCACAAGUAUCAAAUCAGAAAUCUUCAGAAAGUUUAUUUUCCUUUCAAAUGAUGUUUCAUUAAACCUUUGGUAAGAGUUUGUUUUGCCAUCAAGCAUUUGAAUGUGAUAGGCACUCUGGGCCUCAUAAUUAAACAACUGUGCACCCCUCUUUCCCUCCUUCCCUGACCUCUGCUAGACUCAGACAACUCCCUGCUACGUUACCUGAGCGAUGACAAGAUCCUGGUGAUCCAGGAGGAGCCGGAUGUUUCCCGGGAAUGCAAGCGGGACACUGGGCGGCGUUCCCGCAAGAAGAGCCACAAUCCCAGCAGCCCCAGCUAUCCCAUCAGCCCAUCCAUGCUGGCCCCGCCCGUUAGACUGGACUCAGGACCCCCAGAGGGCCUGUCCUUCUCACUGCCUGAGAGCAACACUGUGCCAAUGUACCACGUGAGUCAGCACAGCUACUGUUUUUAUUUAUCAACCUGCAUCAAGAAUGACAAUAUGGCUAUUAACGCAGUCAGACAUAGUGGCAAUGCAGAUUCAACAUAUUUGUGUCACAGAGCAGUUAUGUUUUUGUGGUUAAAGCCUUUUUGAGGUCACAAUAUUAGAUAAGUGAGUCAGAAGUUUGCCACACUGCCACCCAUACCCCCUCAACUUCCACAACCCCAGACACCCCAUGGUUCCUACCCCUGAUCUACUGAUCUGCCUGCCUGGUCACAACUGGAAACACAGGCCACCCUCUGAGAUGACAGUGUGCUGUGAUCUCUCUCUCUCUCUCUCGCUCUGAUGCGCUAAUCUGCUCUUUACCUUUCCGCAGAGAGCUGGAGACACACUGAGAGCUGACACUGACAGGUGAGUGAGCAUUUCUUCUCCAUGGGGUUAAGGGGACAGACCAGCUCAAUGGCCAGAAAAUGUAGGCAGGAAUUUGUGAGGAACAUGGAUAUAUUUGAUGAUUUAAAAAAAUUGUGUUGGACUUGGUUUUUGCCUAAACUAUGGAGGCUAGCUGUGUACCUUCUAAAUUGAUUGGUAUCAUACUGGUAUCAGUAAAUUGAAAGCUUUUCAUCAACUAUCAACAUUUCACUGGUAGAUACAGUACUUUAUCUUGUGAAUGUUUGAUAUUGUAUUUACACUAUAUUAGUUACCCACUUUUUUUUACAAAUUAUUUUUAUUCAACCAGUGACUCGUGAGUGAAGUAAAUUGCUGUCAUCCUGCAUACCAUCAUAUGGUUGUUACAAAUGAUUAACUUAAUUGAAUUGGCCUCAAGGGAAUGACAUUUAAACAUACAUCAUGAGGGUUGCCAAGCAGGCAAUAUUUCCUCUAUACCUUUCACUGACCUAAAUCAUAUUUUCUGGUUCUAUUUAAGAAACACUGUGCUUUGUUCCAAUUGAUGCUACAACCCAACACCUUGUCCAUAGUCAGUGUUCAGUGGGUGCUCCAACCAUGUAGUUCUAAAAUAGUACAGUGGGUCUGGCAGUAGAGAAGUCCUUUCAGGCAUUUUUACAGUGAUUAGUGCAAUUAAUGUGUUCAUAGAUGAGCAGAUAGCCAACAUGAGCAGCACAUCCCCUGAACGGUUUCCGUUGUGCUGUGCUGAGCUCUACUGAGACACAGAGACUUGCUGAAUUGGAUUUCCUGCCACCAGCUCUGUGGUUUAGCUCACUUUCACUUGCUGGAAACUAUACAGUACUUGUCCAAAUGUAUCAGGGUUUAGUUUAGAUCAUUCUCUUUGGUAGAAUGGAUGCACUCACAAUUUGUACACCGAGUAUAUGGGUAGGUGAAGAGUAAUUAUGUUCAAGCCAAGGUGUCAGAUACCUGCUAUGUGUUUGACAUCCAGUCCACUGCAUGUUACACACCCAAAAGAGAUGUUUCUGUACCUAAUACACUAUGACUUACAGUAUGAAAGCUGGAUCUGAGUGUAUUACAAAAGUAAGUAGUGAGGCUUAUAUUGAGAAUGCUAUACCAUCUGUCAGUAGAGCCAUUUCCAGAUGGGCAUUCAGGCCAGCCCUGGGUAUGAUAAAGCUACUAAGUUAUUUGUAUAUAGUAUGUAUAAGCUGGAAGUAGAGGCCUAAGCAUUGUUGUUUACUCCAAUUAGGGAAGGGGUGGUGGGGUUGGAAAGUAAUAAAGGGAAAUAUAUAUUUUUAAAAGGAUAUGUAUGUAUGUAUGUAUGUAUAUAUAUAUAUAUAUAUAUAUAUAUAUAUUUGCGAGAAGAAAAAAAAACAUGGGGGAUUGGAAGUGAUGCAGACAAUUACAUUGAUGGAUGUUACAAUCUUUAAAUUAAAAUUUUAAAGCUGAUCUACCCCCUAAAAAAAGUUAUUUGGGAUGAAUUUUAGCAUGAGAUACACUCAAACAAAUCAAUGUUUAAUGUACUCUAUGUAACUCAUGCAUUCAUGUCGAUGGAAUAUACAUUAAUAUGUUUCUUGCAUAGAUAUCAAGUGACGAUUCUGCCUUUUUUAAUGAAUAAUAUUCAUGUAAGGAUUAGUUAUAUACCAGUACAGGAUAAUCUCAUCCCCAGAUAAAGAGGGUUAGCGUCCAUUUUUGUUGUAGGCUUACUCACCUGAUCUCCCCUCUCCUCAGGUAUGCUAGUUUUGGCAUCGAAAGACAAGGAGGCUCAUCCAUGAGGAAGGUAAAGUAAAAUAUUUCAAUAAUACUACUGUUACUCCCCUGGUAUGAGUACUGUACUUUAGAAACCUCUUCUAAUCAAACCCUCUCCUCUUCCCUCUCCUUGCAGUCAUUUCACUAUGCGUCUUUAAGGACUAAGACCAAAAAGAGAACCAAAGGUGAGACAUGGGAUAAAUCCUUUUACUGUGAGGAUUCUUUUGGUGAUCCUUUGUCAAUAAUUUUAUAUUAGGAUUUGUAUUUAUUAUGGAUCCCCCUCUUAGCAGCUACUCUUCCUGGGGUCCAGCAAAAUGAAGGCAGUUCAUACAUUUUUUUAAACAUUACAAUACAUUCACAGAUUUCACAACACACUGUGUGCCCUCAGGCCCCUACUCCACCCCUACCACAUAUCUACAGUACAAAACCCAUGUGUACGUGUGUGUAUAGUGCGUAUGUUAUCGUGUGUGUGUAUGCAUGUGUCUGCGCCAAUGUUUGUGUUGCUUCACAGUCCCUGCUCUUCCAUAUUUUUUUUAUUUUUUUUAUCUGAUUCUACUGCUUGCAUCAGUUACUUGAUGUGGAAUAGAGUCCCAUGUAGUCAUGGCUCUAUGUAGUACUGUGCGCCUCCCAUAGUCUGUUCUGGACUUCGAGACUGUGAAGAGACCUCUGGUGGCAUGUCUUGUGGGGUAUGCAUGGGUGUCCGAGCUGUGCGCCAGUAGUUCAAACAGACAGCUUGGUGCAUUCAACAUGUCAAUACCCCUCAUAAAUACAAGUAGUGAUGAAGUCAAUCUCUCCUCCACUUUGAGCCAGGAGAGAUUGGCAUAUUAUUAACAUUAGCUCUCUGUGUACAUCCAAGGGCCAGCCGUGCUGCCCUGUUCUGAAUCAAUUGCAAUUUUCCUAAAUCCUUUUUUGUGGCACCUGACCACAUGACUGAACAAUAGUCCAGGUGUGACAAAACUAGGCCUGUAGGACCUGCCUUGUUGAUAGGGCUGUUAAGAAGGAUGAGCAGCGCUUUAUUACGGACAUACUUCUCAUUUUAGCUACUGUUGUAUCAAUAUGUUUUGACCAUGACAGUUUACAACCAGGGUUACUCCAAGCAGUUUAGUCACCUCAACUUGCUCAAUUUCCACAUUAUUUAUUACAAGAUUUAGUUGAGGUUUAGGGUUUAGUGAAUGAUUUGUCCCAAAUACAAUGCUUUAAGUUUUAGAAUUAUUCAGGAUUAACUUAUUCCUUGCCACCCACUCUGAAACUAACUGCAACUCUUUGUUAAGUGUUGCAGUCAUUUCAGUCGCUGUAGUAGCUGACAUGUAUAGUGUUGAGUCAUCCGCAUACUCAAAGCCAGUGGCAUGUCAUUAGUAAAGAUUGAAAAAAGUAAUGGGCCUAGACAGCUGCCCUGGGGAAUUCCUGAUUCUACCUGGAUUAUGUUGGAGAGGCUUCCAUUAAAGAACACCCUCUGUGUUCUGUUAGACAGUUAACUCUGUAUCCACAAUAUAGCAGGGGGAGUAAAGCCAUAACACAUAGGUUUUUCCAGCAGCAUACUAUGAUCAAUAAUGUCAAAAGCCGCACUGAAGUCUAACAAAACAGCCCCCACAAUCUUUUUAUCAUUAAUUUCUCUCAGCCAAUCAUCAGUCAUUUGUGUAAGUGCUGUGCUUGUUGAAUGUCCUUCUCUAUAAGCAUGCUGAAAGUUUGCUGUCAAUUUGUUUACUGUAAAACAGCAUUUUAUCUGGUCAAACACCAUUUAUUCCAAUAGUUUACUAAGAGUUGGUGAUGGGUUUGAAAUGAUGCUAGUAUUGAGGAUAUCAUCCCGGGAAUGUUUAGUGUGUUCAUGUGUCUAUGAGAAUUCCCUGUGAUAUCCUGCUCUCCACCCAGGUUCUCUGACUAGCGCUAGCCGCAGGCGUAUCUCCUGUAAGGACCUGGGCCAUGGGGACUGUGAGGGCUGGCUGUGGAAGAAGAAGGAUGCCAAGGGCUACUUCACCCAGAAGUGGAAGAAGUACUGGUUCAUCCUCAAGGACUCCUCGCUCUACUGGUACACCAACCAGAAUGUAAGCUGCUCUCUGACAGUACAUUACAGCUGUCAAACAUUACUUUAUUUUCUCUUAUCUGCCACAACAGGCUUGCUGUUUACCAGCACUAUCUGCAGAUUUGUCAUGGUGACUCACACAAACAUAGCAACACUACAGGCCAUAUUCCAGAUACUGAACCAUUUAUGUUGCAGUGUCACGUAGUGUACAGUAUAUUCCAGUAUGUCUGAUAUACUUAAUGAGGUCUGUCAUCUCUACAGACAUACUGGAAUGUAUUGCUUCUCAUUUCCCUUACCUCUCCCUUCCUAGGACGAGAAGGCUGAAGGUUUCAUCAGCCUACCUGAGUUCCGAAUAGAUAGAGCAAUUGAAUGCAGAAGGAAACAGUGAGUGUUUUUGUGAUUGUUUUUUUGUCUCUCAAACUGUUAGUGAACCUGGGGAUUUAAAAGAAAACAAAGUCUAAAUGAAACAGAGACAAACACAUCAUACCAAUUACCUUCAGAAGUCACAUAAUUAGUUAAAUAAAGUCCACCUGUGUACAAUCUAAGUGUCACAUGAUCUGUCACAUGAUCUCAGUAUAUAUAUACCUGUUCUGAAAGGCCCCAGAGUCUGCAACACCACUAAGCAAGGGGCACCACCAAGCAAGCGGCACCAUGAAUACCAAGGAACUCUCCAAACAGGCCAGGGACAAAGUUGUGGAGAAGUACAUAUCAGGGUUGGGUUGUAAAAAAAAUAUCAGAAACUUUGAACAUCCCACAGAGCACCAUUAAAUCCAUUAUAAAAAAAUUGAAAGAAUAUGGCACCACAACAAACCUGCCAAGAGAGGGCCAUCCACCAAAACUCACGGACCAGGCAAGGAGGGCAUUAAUCACAGGCAACAAAGAGACCAAAGAUAACCCUGAAGGAGCUGCAAAGCUCCAUAGCGGAGAUUGGAGUAUCUGUUCAUAGGACCACUUUAAGCUGUACACUCCACAGAGCUGUGCUUUACGGAAAAGUGGCCAGAAAAAAGCCAUUGCUUAAAGAAAAAAAUAAGCAAACACGUUUGGUGUUUGCCAAAAGGCAUGUGGGAGACUCCCCAAACAUAUGGAAGAAGGUACUCUGGUCAGAUGAGACAAAAAUUUUGCUUUUUGGCCAUCAAGGAAAACACCAUGUCUGGCGCAAACCCAACACCUCUCAUCACCCCGAGAACACCAUCCCCACAGUGAAGCAUGGUGGUGGAAGCAUCAUGCUGUGGGGAUGUUUUUCAUUGGCAGGGACUGGGAAAGUGGUCAGAAUUGAAGGAAUGAUGGAUGGCGCUAAAUACAGGGAAAUUCUUGAGGGAAACCUGUUUCAGUCUUCCAGAGAUUUGAGACUGGGACGGAGGUUCACCUUCCAGCAGGACAAUGACCCUAAGCAUACUGCUAAAGCAACACUUGAGGGGUUUAAGGGGAAACAUUUAAAUGUCUUGGAAUGGCCUAAUCCAAUUGAGAACCUGUGGUAUGACUUAAAGAUAGCUGUACCCCAGCGGAACCCAUCCAAGGAGCUGGAGCAGUUCUGCCUUGAAGAAUGGGAAAAAAUCCCUUGGCUAUAUGUGCCAAGCUUAUAGAGACAUACCCCAAGAAACUUGCAGCUGUAAUUGCUGCAAAAGGUGGCUCUACAAAGUAUUGACUUUGGGGGGGGGGGGGGGGGGGGGGGGGGUGAAUAGUUAUGCACGCUCAGGUUCUGUUUUCUUGUCUUAUUUCUUGUUUGUUUCACAAUAAAUAUUUUGCAUAUUCAAAGUGGUAGGCAUGUUGUAUAAAUCAAAUGAUACACCCCCCCAAAAAAUCAAUUUUUAAUUCCAGGUUGUAAGGCAACAAAAUAGGAAAAAUGCCAAGGGGGGUGAAUACUUUCGCAAGCCACUGUAUCACAUUUUCAGUUUGCAUCCCAAUAUUACACUUUAUAUACAUCACAGAAGACUGAAAUAUAACAAAACCGUUUGACAUAGAAACACCAGAUUUUUUGCGUUUUUUACAAGGUGGUCUGGAUCUCAGGCUAACAGAAUGAAAUAAUGCAAAAUGGAAAUGUUUAAGCGUCAGAUGAUCUACAACACUACACAGACUAAAUGGAUGUUGUUUCUGCUUCUGUUACAGUGCCUUUAAAGCCUGCCAUCCCAAAAUCAAGAGUUUCUUUUUCGCCACAGACUGUUUGGAGGAGAUGAACAGGUAACACAAUUUUUUCUAGCAUUACUACCUGUACUUUGAUGGUAGGGUUAAUUAGUGUGCUUAUUUCAUGAAAUGCUUUCUUGAUUGUAACAGCAUGUACAUUAGCUUACAUAUUAUUUAAGGAAAUGCUCUGUUUCAGAGCAUUCAUAGCUGGAGCUUUGACAUCGUUAUUUGAUUCUCAAACAUGAGGAAUAAGAAAAUAUACUUUAGGUGUCUGUAGUGUUGUUCUACUGAGACUUUUUUUUAAAAAUGAUGAUAAAAGGCAGUAAGUAUCUUGUUUCAAAUAGCCCUCUGGGUCAGCAGCUAGUGCUUUGUUUAUCAGAAACAGUUUCAUCUUGGGUUGUGACUGAUUUACUUAUUAUCUCUGGCUCUUUUCUUUGUAAUGUGAAUGUGAGAGGAUUCAGAAAGACUGCAUAUCAUACCAUCGAUAGACAUUCUUCCAUUCAAUGCAAACUGUUAAUAAUGAAUAUUCUUAAGAAAUAUAGACUACAGUGUAACAUAACACAUGUCAAACCUCCCACCACUCCCAGUAUGGUAUCAGUUAGUCAGUUAACAUCUCAUGUUGUGUAUCUGCACCCUGUCCUCUUACCCAUUUAGAUGGAUGAACCGGCUGGGGCUGGCGGCGAUUGGCUACACACCUGACGAUAAGGUUCCACGCCCUGAUGAAGGUAGGACAAUCUGACUACAUAUUGUUGUGAUGUGUAAAUCUAAUGAUUUAAGGACAUUGAAGUGAAAUGUUAUGUAAAUGUAUUAGACCAAUGCCUAUUGUACACAGACAGUAUUGGCAUGGAUGAGGUCACCCAAGGUGUUUAGUUUAAUGAUGUUUAACUUUUAUGUGUUUCAGAUUACUGGAGUGAGAGUGACCAGGAUGAGAUGGAUGGUUCUAUGACCCUGAAACAAGAGGGCAUGUCAUCUCGCUGUGACACCUACCACCGCACCCCGUCUGUGAGUGCAGGCCACUGGUUCACACUCUGGAACACACACUCACAUGUACACAUUCACUGCACACACACAUACAUACACUCAUACAACACAUAGUGGUCCUAUCAAUAUCAUUAAAUACCUCUGUCCACUGGCUCCCUUCCAGGUGAACUCCUCCAGUCCGUUCCCUGAGCGCCACUUCUCCAGUGAGUCCACAUACUCCCACUCCUCAGCUGAGGACUCCCGUCCGGACGUCCCCGGGAGCACCCACUCCUCUGGCUGCCGCCCCACCCUCCGCGACACCCAACGCCGCUCCUGGCAGGACCUGAUCGAGACGCCCCUCACCAGCUCGGGCCUCCACUUCCUGCAGACCGUGCCGGGGGAGGGUGACGGGGGCUACGGCAGCGGCCACAUGGGAAUGGGUCAGCUGCUCAUGUCCCCUGAGCGCCGGCGCCAGGCCACACUGCCCGCCCAGAGGCGCCGACAACCUGACAGAGAUGGGCCCUUCCCAUUGGUGGACAUAGAGGAACGCGAACAGCGCCUUCACUGUGCCCACAAGCAGCGCAGCCAGAGCCUGCCCCGGAACAGGGACGUGCAGGGCACCAAGGGCAACCUGUGCUCAGCAGGACCCUCAGAGGAGAGGAGUGAGGACGACGAGGUGCCAUUCAGAAAGCACAACUCCAAGAAACACCAAGGUAAGGAUGCACUCUAGCACUUCCUGCUUUCGCCAGGCUUGUCUUUAGGACUCCUCAGACUUCAAGUUACUGUUUAAAAAAUACACAUAUACCUUGUUAUGCUUUGAUUAUAUAUUUAUUUGAUGAUAAGGUACAUUGUAAAGCUUUUAUCCAAGUUUAAAUGGUUGAAUAAGGUUUAGCGCACAGAGCUUUGAAAUCCUGUCCUACUCUCCCCCCUCAGAUUCUCGGUCUAAAGAGCGAGGUCAUGAUCAUGAGGGAGUGGAUGGCUUUCAGGAGCUGUACCGCUCCAUAGAGCGGGCCAGCCUGUCUGCCAUGGGGGAGCAGAGGCCCUCUACCAAACAGGAGUUCAGACGCUCCUUCGUCAAGCGCUGCAACGACCCUGUCAUCAACGACAAGCUGCACCGCAUUCGUGCCCUGCACAGCACACUCAAGGUACGGAGAGGGUGGGACACAACCACAGAGCAGGCUGUGGCACAGUCAUAGGGCAGGUAUGAGUCAUAGGGCAGGGUGAAUACUUAUAGAGGUACAGUGGGUGUUACAGGUCCAGUAGGUGGCUGUCUAUGGUGAUGAGAGUGAGGUGGCAUAUGAGUGUGGUCAUUGGGGUGGUAUGUAAGCCAAACACUAAUUGAUGUUUUCCCACAGGCCAAAGAGGGUGAUCUGGCCAUUAUCAGCCAAGUGCUGGACGACUCCGGUCUAAGCUCCCAGAAGUUCCAGCAGUGGAAGCAGCAGCACCAUGAGCUGUUUGUGGACAUCUGUGAGUUCAGCUCCGCCCCGACAGAGCCUCACCCCGAGGGGUCCGACCUCUCACCCCUGUCCCCACCACUGAUGAUGCACACCCACUCCUUCAUCGAAACGCACGUUUGAGACACGAGUGCUCAGAGACAGAGUAACAAGGAG